CUGGCUGCUGCGGGAGGCUCCUGGCCGGUGUCUGAGGCUCGCAGCGCUUGGCAGGUGCAGCAGCCGCCUGGCUUCCCACCGCUUCGUGAGCCUGAAGGUCCAACACUGACCAAGUGUGAGAUUAGCAGCAAUGUCAGGACAUACAGCAUUAGUCCCAGAGCAGAACAACAACAGCAGCAACCAGGAAAAAAAAACUUCAAAUAUGCGAGUCUCAGAAAAAAAGUGCUCAUGGGCUUCCUAUAUGACCAACUCCCCUACUUUGAUUGUAAUGAUUGGCCUUCCUGCCCGGGGCAAGACUUAUAUGGCCAAGAAAUUAACACGCUACCUCAACUGGAUUGGUGUGCCUACGAAAGUGUUUAAUCUAGGAGUAUAUCGUCGUGAAGCAGUGCAGUCCUACAAGUCCUAUGAUUUUUUCAGGCAUGAUAACAAAGAAGCCAUGAAGAUUCGGAAACAGUGUGCCUUGGUGGCUCUGGAAGAUGUGAAAGCUUAUGUCACGGAGGAGUGCGGGCAGAUAGCUGUGUUCGAUGCAACCAACACGACUCGAGAGAGGAGGGACUUGAUCUUAAAUUUUGCUAAAGAGAAUGCUUAUAAGGUGUUUUUUGUGGAGUCUGUCUGUGAUGAUCCAGAAGUCAUUGCUGCCAAUAUCCUGGAAGUGAAGGUCUCCAGCCCUGACUACCCAGAGAGAAAUCGAGACUGUGUGAUGGAUGAUUUCCUGAAGAGGAUAGAGUGCUAUAAAGUCACAUAUCAGCCCCUUGAUCCAGAUAAUUAUGACCAAAACCUUUCCUUCAUUAAAGUGAUCAAUGUGGGACAGCGGUUCCUGGUAAACCGUGUCCGGGAUUACAUCCAGAGUAAAAUCGUCUAUUACCUGAUGAACAUUCAUGUCCAGCCACGCACCAUCUACCUUUGCCGGCAUGGCGAAAGCGACUUUAACCUUGUUGGCAAGAUCGGUGGGGAUUCUGGCCUGUCGCCGCGUGGGAAGCAGUUCGCUCAAGCCCUUAAAAAAUUCAUUGCCGAGCAGGAGAUUGUGGAUUUGAAGGUUUGGACGAGCCAGCUGAAGAGAACCAUCCAGACAGCCGAGUUCUUGGGGGUCCCCUAUGAGCAGUGGAAGAUUCUGAACGAGCUCGAUGCUGGAGUGUGUGAAGAGAUGACAUAUGAAGAAAUUGAAACUCAGUACCCAGAUGAGUUUGCGCUGAGGGAUCAAGAGAAAUAUCUUUAUCGUUAUCCUGGAGGAGAGUCGUACCAAGACUUGGUCCAGCGUUUGGAAGCUGUGAUUAUGGAGCUGGAGCGUCAGGGCAGUGUUCUGGUUAUUUCUCACCAGGCUGUUAUGCGGUGCCUGUUGGCCUACUUCCUUGACAAGAGCGCUGACGAGUUGCCAUAUCUGAAGUGCCCCCUUCACACCAUAUUCAAGCUCACUCCAGUUGCUUACGGGUGCAAAGUGGAAACGAUCACCUUGAAUGUUGAAGCAGUGAAUACCCAUCGAGACAAGCCUUCUGGGAGUACUAACAACCUUCCAAAGAGCCAACCCCCUGGAAGGAUGAGAAGAAACAGCUUUACGCCUCUGGCCAGUUCGGACACAAUAAAGCGCACACGAAAUUACAGUGUUGGGAGCAGGCCUCUCAACCCACUGGGGUCUCUGCUAUUCCCAGAGGCUCGAGGUGGGGCUGAUCCGCAGAAGCUACAAGUCGGUGUUCAAGUGCUUCAAAUGGGAAGUGCUUGCUUGUGAGUAUCACUGAACAUAGCCUGUAGGCAUUCUCUCUGGGUUUGUUUAGGAGCCAGCAAACAACAUCACCUGUGAGUCCUUGGUUUCUGUCUCAGCCACCAAGUGAGGCUGUCGAGCGAGAGGAAUUUAGUGUCACACUGUACAGAAUGGCCAGGAAAUUACCCGUACUUCCCUUUGUGCCUGUGUUGCUCAGAUCCAACCUUGCUGACCAUGAGGCCCUUUCUUGUCCCUGCUUUAAAUGCCUGAGUGAAUGUCACUGCAAAUGUUAAUACAAAUAUCUCUUGAUGUACUUGAUGUUUCAGUUUAUACCUUAUCUGUGAAAUUGACUUCUAUAACUUUGACCUUGCAUUUUAUUUACCUUAUUUGUGAAAUGGAUUGUGCAAUGUGAGAUUUGGUUUUAUUUAAUUUUGUUGUGGUUCUUAGUAGGUGUCUCUUUGGGUUUUGUAUGUGUGUGUUUAAUGUUAUCACAGCAUUUUUGCUUUCUCCUCUGGGGAGUUGUAUCAUUUUCUCCUAUGCAUUUGUUGCAACUCCAUUUAAAUGCCUGUGGUAUUGCUUAUUUGCUUGUUGUUGAAUACUCUUUGCCUAGAGAGCUUUACCCAUUGUGGUUGUUUGCCACAAUGGAUAUGGAGUGGAAGUUGUUUUAUGCCCAGUUGUAGCCAUUUGGCAUGAAAUCUCUUUCUCUCUCCACUGAUUUUUGACUGUGCCUGGAACGCACUUCUAUACUCAACAAUGUUACUGAUGCUACAUUGUAUAAGUGACUUUGCUUUAAAGGAAUAUUCUCAAAAGAAGCUGAAAAAUGUUUGCAUUAGAACAAGGCCUUCAAAAAACUGUCUCUUCUUGUUGACCACCUUGGCAGCCAGAGAGGAAUGUUUUAGAAUUGGGGUCUGGGAGUCAAAAGUUAUGGGUUCCAUUCCAUGGGUUCCACAUUGACUAAUUUUAUGGCAUUGAUCAAGUCAUUUAAUCUCCCUGUAUCUUGGUUUCCCAUCUGGGGAUAGUACCCAUGUUUAUAAAGUGCUUUGAGAUCAUCCGAUGAAAGGUGCUAUGUAAGUGCCAAAUAUCAUUGUCGUGGACUUGAGGGGAGCUCAUUUUAACUAUUGAUUUUAAAUUAGAAAACUGAUCUUGAAACAGCUUUUUAAAAACUCUGGUUUCCAAGGCUUUCUAAUGGGGAUCGUCUCAAUCUGGUGUUGCAUGUCAAACUGUCAAGAUGACCGUGGUGGUCAGUUAUUCUUUUUAACUUUAUUAAAACACGUCAGUUUUAUUUUUUAUUUUUUUUUCAUUUCAUGGAUCCAGUGGCCAGGAACUACCCCAUGCAGAUGGAAGUACAGACUACACUCUUCCAGACAAUUCCUCUUAGGUGUUCCAGUCAUUACAUGGACCUAAUGCACUCCCUCCCUCACACACACCCAAGACAGAAUUUAACCCUAUAGAAAUUUAUGUUUGCAAUUCAUCAGAGUUGCAAAUACUUCUUGAUACUGACAACAUUAUGUUCUGAGGAAUAGAUAUUCUAUGGCCUUUUCCAUUUUAUAGGCAAUGCACUUGUCUUUCAGUUUCGUUGGUAGAAAAAAAAAUGGGAGGGAGAAAUGCAUUUUUUCCCUGUGACACUGAAGUUAGAUGCCUUGUCCUAUUUGACAGCUUCAUUUUCGAGCUGUAUUGAAACUGCUUUUUUAAAUUGUCAUUUGCUAAGUUGCCUUAACUUACAGUUUGCACUUACGAAUCGUAUGCCAAUUCUCUCUUUAUGUAGAACUGUGUUCUGCAGAUGGAAAGGAAAAUGGUUGUUGGUUCAAUUAUUUUCCAGACAUCUAACACACAUAGUAAGAAUGGAAAAUUAGGGUUUCAUAAAAGAGACUCCAUUCAUAUUUCAUUCUCAAAGACAGUACCAAAAAAUGGAACGCUACAGUCAGACUUGGGUCUUGCUGUUUUCAGAUGUCACUUAAACACCUCUUUCAAGCAGGGAAAGCUGUACUUUGUGUUGAAUCAAGACAAGCACAACUUCCGUUCAGAAUUGAACAACUUCCAUUGAAUGUCUACAGACGUUAUGAACAUGCAUCUACAGGCACAAUCAGAACUUGUAGUUACCACACAGUGAUCUAUCCAGGAGCUGUUUGUAACUCAUCUUCUAACAAAAGGAUUUUGAAUUUAAUUGCACUUUGUAAUGAAAGUGAAUCUCUUUAGCACUUUUACUGUGAUUACGUAGCCUCCCUGUUCGUAACCAGCAUUAUAUAGGCAUACAUUCCUUAGGAUAAAUGACUAUGCUGUGGGUUUCAGGGUAACGUGCCUUGUUUUGUCUUUUAUUCUCUCUAUCUUAACAUAGAUUUUAAAUAACAGAUACAGAAAAGUUUUAUUUAAAUGAUAAAGUGAUGUUGUGACUGUUUUACCCAAGCUGCAAUAACGCACAAAAUGUCAAUGGAUGUUGCUAGAUACUGAGUGAAUGUUUUGGGUAUUGUCAGCAAAGUUGUUAUGCAGAAAUGGCACCUUCUUAGUUCACUCCCUGUGUGUCUCUUCGUCUCAUCUGUGGACUUUCCUGACACAAACAUGUACUCAUGGGAGGGCAAGAUGGAUUUUAUUCUCCAACCCUCGCAGUGGGGCGGAUCCUGUUCCCACUCACGUCGGUGAGAGUUUUGCCGUGACACAUUCAGAGGAGCAAGGCCCAAUGGAAUGGUCAGGCUAAGGUCCAGUUGCAGAGUCUGUAGUCUGGGGAUGAGGUGAGACAGAAGGGUCCCAGCUAGGUCUCCAGGUGGGAGCUUGUGUCACUGGCAACAAGGUGAAUUGUCAUUUUCACUUGUAAACUGAGCAAAUAAGAUUUCUGAUCAACAACGGUGAAAUUCACCCCUGGACUGAGGAACAAGGCCUGCGUGCUGCUUAUGCCUGGCCUUUGUGCUGGUACUUUGCACAGAAAUUAAUUGUACCCUGAGGAAAUAAACCUGCAGCCCUCCCCCGCCCCCAAAUGCCAUUUUAGCAAUGUUAUUUUCUAACCAUAAUCGCACUUUAAGCUCGAGUCCCUAUAUGAAGAAGCUGGUGGAGGGGGGGUGCAAACAAACUGAUUGAAUUUAGUUCAACACUUCGUGAAAUUUAGUCUACAACAUCCUUUUUUUUUUUUUUUUUUUUUUCUUUUUCCCUAAUGGUUGUAUUUUGCAUUAAAACUCGGUCUGAAUGUAUUGCUAUAGACACAUUCUUUAUAGAAUACUAGCAUCUUAGGCUGGCAUUGGUUCGUUAUAAAAAGUUGCUUGUUUUUUCUGUUUGUGUUUUUUUGGGGUGGGGGAAGUUUUAUUUUUAAUCAGAUCUGAUUUGUUUGUAAAUCACACAUGGAAAAAUGUCGUGUCUGAUUUUCUGAAUGUUUUGUUUUCAAAAGAGUAAAUGUGUUUUGGUGAUUUUCAUCAUUGAAUCAAUGACUUAGUUUGCGUCUCUUUACUGCAAAACACUGAUGAUUAACCAUAAAUAAAAUGGCACAGACUGCUUUACAAGAUUGGGCCACAAUCUUCAGAAGUGCCCCUUUUGUAUGAAGGGCAAAUGCUCAGCAAUUUCUGCAAUUCAGGCCCCUUUAAGGUGACUCAUAUUGGGCACCUAAAUACAUUAGUCACUUUUGAAAAUCUUGGCCUUUGUAUUUUAGUUUAUAUAACUGCGUGUCUGUAAAGUUACCUGCUAGUUUUGCUCACAUGAAUGCAUUCUCUUUAUAAAAUGCAUCAGAACAUCGUCAGUACAUUUCCUGUAUGGAAGGAGCAUAGUUGUAAAACCAGCAAAGUGUUUCACGAGGUUGAUUUUUUUUUUUUUUUUUUUUGGCAAAUAUGGGCCUGCAAAAUAGAUAUUGUAAUGUUGUUUCUGAAUAUUUGUGUUGUAAACUUUCUUGUGGAUCAGAUAAAUAAAAUGAAGUAACUUUGAACCACUA